AUGGCGCAAACAUCCGCUGCUCUUCUCCCUGAACUCUCUGCACAUCUACAAGCGGUAGACGAGGAUCCGACUACGACACUGGAUGCAGACCUGCUCGAGAAAUGCGGCCUCUUCACAAGCACACCCGAUUAUCAAGCCCGGAUAUGGCAGGAGACUGGGCCAUUGUUCCUCCAGAUCGCUGCUCUGCUGCCAAAGCUCCAGCAGGAACCAGCACCUCUCAUCCAAUUUGUUACAAAGCUCGCUGCACCCUACCGAUUCGAGCACAUCAAAGAUGUUGAUUUCGAGAUCGGCCUAGAUUUGCAAGCAACACCGGUUCAUGCUCUCAUCCUCACUUUGCUGGAGAAGGCUGCAGCAGGAAGCAACGAUGCACAGGCCCUUGCGAAUCGACCAACUGUCAUGGCCGCUAUCGUACGGCUGUGGCUCUGCACUUCGAAUGCUGGAGUUGCCACCCAAGCCGAAGAUCUUCUUACUUCCUUGUUGCGUGCGUCCAAGAAUGAGCCCGCCACUGUAUCUGGAGAGGCAACGCUGCACAAAUACGGCGCUGGUCCCAUGUGGAGGCGCUUAUUCACCGAUCGCGAUAUUGUCUCUCUAUACUACCACUAUACUUCCAUGAAGACUCUAUCGAACCCACCGCUACCUUUGUUGAGCAAACGGGACAAGACAAUAUCGCAGGCGCGCCUCUUGCAUUGGCUACCCAAGGUCGGCGCACUGGACUGGAGCACCAUCACCUCAAGCCAUGGGCUAGACAUUGAAAAGGAGGUCGGACUGGCUCAGGGGCAAGGACUACUCCACUACGCCUCGCUGAGGAUGGUGGACACAGAUGAUGACGUGUUAAUGCACAUGACGCUCAUCAACUUCUACCGCGAGCUUAUGAUCACCGUGAAAACAAAGCCUCAUCUCACGCACUACGACUCGAGUCUGUCGUUAGACUUCCUGAAGGAGCAAAAUAUCCACAAACGGAUAAUCGACUUCCACACUAGCGACAGCCCUGGUCUCGAUCAUUCCUUCCUAAGCCCAAGGACGGCGCAAUAUAUCAGCGACUACGCGAGCGCCUAUCCUGAGAAUUUCGAAACCAGUGCUGAGCUACAAACGAUUCGAACCUACCUUGGCCGCAACAUACGCCGAUGCGAGCCCCACGACCUCAACAUACUGGCGUCAAUGCCCCGUGCCACCCUCAUACCUCGCAGUGCCACAGGUCUUGCCUGGGAUGACUGCGUUCUGCUCGACAUACCUAUUACUCGUACAAAUCCUGAUGCGCUAAAGACUUUGGCCGCUGUGUUCCACGGACCUCCGAAACAGGAGAUCACCUUUCCGCAGGUAGAAACUAUCGGUCUGGAUCCCAAACGCAUCGAGAUAGAGUCUGUCUUUGCGCGCCUCCUCACCUCGCAAUACUACACCAAACACCCCUCCUUAUUUUCUGACCUCGUCACGCACACAUCCACCAUUGCGAUGAAAGACAAUGCCGUAGCAGCUCUCACACUGCUCCGUGCCAUCAUCACGUCAUCAUGGUCGACCGCAUCCGUCCCGGAUAUUAUUCCCACUUCCGACGCGACAUACACUCGCUUGCACAACUUCCCGCGUACAGGUCUCGAUCUCGUCCUUGACCCGGCGCGCAGCGGUGGUGUGCUGCCUGCGCUGUUGAAGCCCGCGACGACGUUCUCGAAUCUUGUGGGCGGGCGAGGCGAUGCGGAAAAUGCGGCCUAUCAGGUUGCAAUGUCACGCUUCGACGCGCUGAAAGCGUUGGGACGGAGGCUGGAGCAAGAUGGCGGCAGGAACGAUGUGCUCCAAAUGGUCACGCGAAGAGUCAAUGAGGGUCCGUGGGGUGUAGGCGGGAGCGCAGGUAGCAGGAUAGGCACCUUGGAGUUGUGA